GCUCCGGCCCUCUCGAUCCUCUGCUGCGUUCCGCGCUGACUGACCACCUCCCCUCUUCCCUCCUCCCGGUCUCCACCCUUCCAGAAGAUCGCCACCGCCGUUUGCUGCGCCGCCGCCCACGACCACGAGCGCCCACCUACACCUCACCUCCGGCGACUCUCUCUGUCUCUCUAUCUCUUCCCUUCUUCCGGAUCCCGCAGCCGCCUCGCUCGUUCCCCCACAGGAGAUCCGUUCCUGCGUGUGGGGGGCUGCAUGGGAUUUGAUUUUAACAUAUGAUUGGCGGAAUGUUUGGUUGAUAAUGUCCGGACAUGAUUUCAGUAUUGUUCAUUAUGCAGUUGGCUUCUCAUGCCACUCAAUCAGAUCAAGCAACAGAGCUUGCUCCCCACUGUGAUAAUGCAGAAGUGCCAGAUUCACAGCAGAUAGUUUCUGAAUCAAGCACAGCAAGAAGCUCCACAGAGCAUCUAGUUUCAUGUGAAAUCAAGCCACUUGGUGUCGAGGAAGACAUUGAAACUAUUGAUGCUAACGAAGAAACCCACCUUGUCAUUCAAGACUGUCCACAAUGCAGGAUUUGCCUUGAUAGUGAAGGCGAUGACUUAAUUGCACCUUGCCAUUGCAAGGGCACACAGAAGUAUGUGCAUCGAUCCUGUCUUGAUAACUGGAGAUCAACAAAGGAAGGUUUUGCCUUUUCACAUUGCACUGAGUGUCGGGCUGCGUUCUUACUUCGUGCAAAUGUUCCUCCAGACCGAUGGUGGUUGAGAUUGAAGUUUCAACUUCUGGUUGUUAGGGAUCACACAUUGAUUUUUUUUGUUGUACAGCUGGUUGUUGCUUUAUUGGGUAUGCUGGUAUACAGAUUUUAUGGAGAUGAACUGCGAGAAAUGUUUGGUUAUGAAGAGCAUCCGUAUGCUUUUUAUGCAAUGGCAGUACUGGCUAUUGUUUUGGUUGGCUUGCUGUAUGGAUUCUUCAUAGCUAUAAUAUGUGGGCAGAGGAUCACGGAACGGCAUUACCAUGUUCUUGCAAAGCAAGAGUUAACCAAGGAGUAUAUCGUAGAGGAUCUUGAAGGAACUGAUGGAGUUCCUGACCUUGAUCCUGACCAUGUUACAGAGCUGAGGAUUCUGGGGCUAUACUGAGCAUAUAUCAUCAAUUCAGAAACAUGACAACUACAACAAGAAAACUCGCCUGAAGGAAAAAAAAAUGUCAGCACCAUUUAUCAACAAGACAAAUAUUUGAUUGGCCACUACUGAUCACUAAUAAAAGUACCUUCACAAUGGCCUCACUUUUUGAUGGUUAAGAUCUAGGCAUCAUAACUUCACAACUUGCAUAUCAGGAUCAUGCACCUUUGUGGUUUAUAAGUCAUUUGACAUUCUCUGUUCCCUUCAUUCAUUUGUGGAUGAAAUAUGCCUUAUGAUACUUAACAAGAAUGAUUGGUGCUACCCUGAUGCUGAAUUAUGAGCUUCUUCAUCACAGUAGGCACGGUCCUUAUAAUUUAUCUAGUCCCUCUAGGGACCAGGGUUCAGGACCCAAAGAUUCUUCCCUUCUCUUGGGAUAAAAAAGAGCUCGAUAGCUUGAAUUAUCAUCAGCAAGCCUGUAACACUAUCUGGAUAGUGGUUACACCGUGGGAGUUCACAAAACAAUUAGAACAGAGGAACACAUCAAAAGAGACGUUCAUUGCUGAGUCCCUCAUCAUUCGCAAGUCGCAACUAUUUUCAGCUGUGUUCUGUCACGGUCAGUGCAAUGAUUAUGUAGAGGGCCAUUUAUUGCUCUUGAGAUACCUUGUUGAUGCAUCUGAACGAACAAUUCAUGAUAGGGCAUUGUUUAUCUGUUAUCCAACACAAUGUGCUAUUACCCAUGUGUGUAAGGUUGGGUUUAAUUGGUGAAGAACUGAAAAUGUUGAUAUUGGGUGGUAGACGUCUUACUUUGAGAAUCGGUUCAUGCCGUACAUUUUUCCCAUCAGAUUCAUCUCUAGCAGCCCUAAAUGCUCUUACCAUUUAAAUUCUUUGCUGAAUCAUUAACAAUAAUUGCAAUGCUUAACCACAUUAACUACUUCCUUUCCCCCGCUUAUACUGUUUGGUUCAUCUGUGUUACACUAGAAAACUGUAUCACAACAUCUAAUAUAAGGGAAUGCUGCUUAUGGAAAAGUGAUUGCCAAUACUAUAUUUUUUUUAUCAUAUUUUUAAAGUUACAUG